UAUGAGAAUAAUCACAAACUUUUUAAAACACACACAAAAUGUAUUUUUUUAAAAAUAAAAUUUUAAAAGGUUAUCAAUAAUUGAAUAAUAUCCUUAGUUCCCUUGAUUUCUACGAAAAUUUUCUUUUAUUUUUAUUUUCAUUGAAUCACCAAAAUGGGCGGAGGAGCUAUGAGAGCGGCGGCGAAAGUUGCCGGAGCGGGAAUUGUUAACACUGGCCUUCGUGGCGGUGUUCAGGUGGCUCCGUCGUCUGCGGAAUACUCCGUCAUGCGCGUCGCCGCUUCUCGUUCGGCUUCUUCCGGGAUUUCUGUUUCUGGCGGUGGGGUGUCUUCCGUCGCUGACAUGACGGCGUCGCCCAAUCAGAUGAUUUCAUGGGAGAUGGUGGAUGAUUGGGAGUUUGCUGGUGGUGUUGAAGAGGAGGUGCCCACCGCCAUUUCCGGCGGAGGAGAGCCGAUGCCUCGGGUGUUGUUUGGAGUUGCUCCAACCCUGGAGCAGGCUAAGGAAGCCGCUAGUGAUUUGAAAGAUGCAUUGGAUAAGGCUUAUCUAUCAUCUCUGGAUUCGACCGAUGAUACCCGGUCAUCUUGCUCCUCAUUGCUUUCAGAGGAGACUAAAGAUUGCGUUGCAUAUGAUGCUAAAGCCACUUUACUACCAAAGCCUGCAGUUCAGGCAUUCAAAUUACUCAAUGAGAGUCCUGCAGUUCAGUCUAUGGUUGCGUCAAUUGCUGCGGAUCCGAAUGUAUGGAAUGCUGUACUGCACAAUCCGGCUUACAUGGACUUCAUAGGGUCGCAUAAGACGAAUUAUAUAUUUAAAGAGAAUAGAUCCCCUCGGGGUUGUGAAUCUACAUCGGUAAAGAUCGAAGAAUAUUUCGAAGCAAAUGAAGGCAAAGAAGUUGGAAAUCCAUUUUCGGAAUUUCUGGAGAACUUGAAGAGUAGUGUGGUUGAGGUGGCUAAUAAAGCAACUGAUUUCCUCCAGAGUCUCUUUACUAUACCCACUGCAGGAAUGGAGAAAGAAAAUGGCGGAUUGAACUAUCUGGAGAAGACGAUCGGAGCAAGCCUAAUGGGAUUGGCGGUGAUGGUUAUUAUGGUUGUGCUUUUGAAACGAGUCUAGAAUAAAAGUAUGUGGAUCUGUUGGAUCAAACAAAACAAAACAAAACAUUUUCAUUUGAAUGUUUUUAUGGGGGUGAUAAUUUGUAGUGCUAUCAUAUAUUGGCUUGUAUAAAUGGGUGGUUAAUAGUUAAUUGGAUGGCUUUUGCAUCUUUUUCCUUGUAAUAAAAGUCUAAAAAUUCUAUCAGAGUCGUAUAAGGUUUGAAAUUAAUAAUAAUGUAAGGUUAAUACUUGAUUGGAA